AUGACCAAAUCUUCGACCUCGUUGCUGAAGGAUGCUGGGACUGGCAAGGUGUGCAAACUUCCUCCGGUCAACAAUGUCACAAGGGCGCACUACUUGCGGCAGUGCAAUGGCCUGACAAUGACACCUUUGCCCAUUCCCUUCGUGAUUGGCGAAAGCCAGGACUUGCAAUUGGCGCACUUGGAUCUUAGCGACAUGGAGCUGCUGGCAGUGGCGGAAACGCUGCCAACGGUGGAGGCAGUCAAGAAGGUGGACUUGCAUGGCAACGCCCUGCUGAGUGACAAAGCUCUAGGACAGCUAUUGCGACGGCUGCUCCAGCCCAAGCUAGCGGCCACCCUGGUGGAGCUGAGCUUUGGCGGAUGCACCAAGGCAGGAGGAGCGUGUGUGGAUGGAGUCAUCCAGCUGGUGAGCGAUGCCUUCAACUUGCGCAGACUCGACCUGAGCCACGUGAAGAUCGAGCACCGCAACCUGCUGCCCCUCUGUGAAGCCAUCAGCGAGCGCCAGACUCUGUGCUACGACGCCAAUCUCAGCGGCACCUCCUUCGGGAAGGGGCCCAUGGCCUUCGGCUGCCAGUGUGUCACCACCCUCCUCCAAGGGCACGUGGCAGAGCUGGAUCUCAGCUGGAACCACUUCAGCUCCGAGCUCUUCCGCUGCCUGGGCGAGCAGCUGGCAAAGCGCAAAAUGGUGCGGAAGCUGAACGUGUGCAACUGCUCCGGGACGGGCAUCGACGCGCUGUCCACACCAAUCAACUUCUACUUGGAGCAGCUUCAGAUGGACACGGCGCUGACCCACCUGGAUAUUUCCAUGAGCCGCAUGGACUUUCGCUCUGCGCUGAUCCUGGAAGACGCCUUGGAGAAUCACAAGAAGUUGAAGCACCUGUCCCUGGGGGACAAUCCGCUUGGACCUCGCGGCUUGAGGUCGGUCCUCAGAGCAGCCGCCUCCGAGAAGAUGAACGCCUUAACCUUCUUCGACACCUUUGGGAGCUAUGGGGGUGAGGAGCCAUCGCCGCUCGACAACGAGGUGUUCUCGAUGAGCAACCUCCCCGGCGCUGGGUCCUAUACACUGCAGCUUCACAGGCCGAAGUAUCAUCGCUCCUUGCUGCGCAUGCUGUACAAGGCGGCAGAGCGAUUUCGGCUAUCGCCGUCUGAGGCACUCACAGUGCUUUCAGAAGAGCAUUUCUCGCACGGCGGCAAGAAGAAAGAUGGUGCCUGGGACGUGCCGCAGGAGGGCGAGGUCACCUUGGCCUUCAACCUGGACCGCUGCCUGGAGUCGUCAGCAUUCAAAGAUGUAAACCAUGACUUCGACGCCUUUCUCAAGCGUUUCCAGGAUCUGACGCUGCACCGUCUCGACGGCAGAAAGGCGGUGCCAGUCGUUGGGCGCUGGAAAGACCUGGAAGGCUUUCAUCAUUCGCAGACCGUGCUGCUCAAGGCCUUAAGCUUCGACUUCGCUUUGUCCUUGUCGGACUUCAAGGUGCUCGCGGCGACAUCGCCCUUGUACAAGCCCAAGGUCAUUGCCAGCUUGCUGCCGUCCGUGAAGAGAGACCCUGGCUGGUACUUUAUAGCGCAGGGCAUGUACACCACAACCUCGGAGUGCGUGAGCAGUCGGAUGCACCUGAAACAGCUGCUCGACUUCUCUGCGGCCAACCCAACGGGGCACUACAAGCUGGACUUGGAAAACCGCGCAGAUUUUGCAGUAGCAGAGCAGCUGAAGCUGCUAGAUAGGUGGGAAGUCCUGCUGGACAAGCAGCGAGACCGCUUCGAUAUCUCAGCGACACGCAAUCGAUCACAUGCCAGAAAUGUUUAUUAUCAAGGCAAAAGCGUACAGAAGACUUUGGUGCCAGCCUUCGCUGACUGGAAACUGCCUACCCACGACCACUUGGAGCUGGACUACGCCAGCUGCCAAGGCCCUCCCAAAGGAGCGAAAGCCAUCUCCUGGACGUCCUUCCAUGCGAUCCUGCAAGCCGUGCACAAUCCAGCGUGUUCUGACCAAGUAAAGGUGGAAGCCCUCAAAAGGCAGGCGCCGAGCCUCUACGUGACUUCCAGGCAGCUCAGAGAGCUGAUCGGCGGCUUUGGAAGCUCGGCGCACCGCAUCGAGCUAUGCGUCAGCUUCUUCAACCGCAUCCUGGAGACCCGGAGAACUCCAAACUCUACACCGGGCGACUCCACUUCGGAGACCUUUUGGCCUUCCGCCGGCGCAUCGGUUUUGCCAGGACUUUCCCAUACAUCCAGACGAUAG